AUCUUUAAAAAAAUGAAUUACGAUUAAUGAUAAUCAAACGCAUCAAAAUUUUCUAUAAUUUUCUCUAAUUAAUUUUGAUAAUUUAUUUACAUUAAUAACAAUUAUUUUAGUAAUUUUUUCUAAUUUUGACUACUUUCAAUUUUUUAAAUUUAUGAUACUUUUUCAAUUUUGAAGAUAAUUUUUUAUCAUUAUUUGCAAUUUCGUAUCAUUUUCUAUAAUUUUUGACAUUAUUUAAAAUUUCCAGAUUAUUUUUUGAUAAUUUAUUAACAUUAUUUACAAUUUUCAUAAUUCGACGACUAUUUUUUCAUAAUUUUUAAUAUUUUUUUAACAUUAGUUACAUAUUAAAAAUUUAUAUUUUCUAAAAAUUUUGAUACUUUUAAAAAAAAAUCAGAUAAUUUAUAAUAAUUUUUUAACAUUAAUCAUAAUAUUAUAUAUAUAAUUGAAAGCAAAAAAUAUGUAGGAUAUCAUUAGAUAUAGUUAAUUAUAAAUUGCACAACUUAUUUAUAAUUAACUAUAAUUUAUUUAAAAAUUAUUACUUAAUUUAGAAGAUUUAAUAAUAGUUUUUAUUAAUUAAUUGCAGAUAGAUCAUUUAAAAAUUAAACCAACCAAAAGUUUAUCGAGGUUUGACCAUUGUUUAACUAAAAGUUGACCGAUGUCUGAUCGUGGCCCAAUCGCUUGUUGACCGCAGGUCAAAUGAUCGUCGUCCGUGGUUAGCUGGCGAUACAAACGGUCGUCAUUUGCAGUUGGUUGCUGCGAAAAGCCUUGCCUUUAGCUUUUGGCGACCAAGUGACGGCGGCUCGGGGACGACCGUUGCUGGUGUUUGCUGGCGACAGUGAGGAGUACAACGAAGGAAGGAUAAGGUGGGCGGAAGGUUGCGGGCGAAAGGUUGUUGUCAUUUGCUAGUGACACCAGCUGGCGGCGCUAGUGGAAAGAGGGCGGCGGAAGGUUGCUCCAACCAGGCAAGUUGGACAGUGGUUGUUGGCGGCGCCGAAGGAAGGAGGAGUUGGCGGCAGCCGGCAGUGGCAGUGGCAGUAGCAGCUGCCGGUCGGUAGAGAGGAGGGAUGGGUACGGUUCUGGAAAGGGAAAGGAAGGGGGUGCUUGUUUUGUGUUUCUAUUGAAAACUAAAACAGCAAUUUGGUAAAUUGUGUAUUAAGUUAGGACAAUUAUUCGUAAUUUUUAGGACGACCUUUAACUAUUCAGAUGUUUUAGUUACAACGAAACUUAUGGUUAUGAAAGUGCAACAUACUAUACUUAAGUGGCAGCCAUUCAUUUAACUCGUAUUAGUUCUUAGUUUUUACUCCCCUCCCCUUAGGGUUGUAUGUUUCUUGAAUUUAAAAAAGAGGGUUUUGUGAUUUAAAAUCUAAGGGAUUUUUCCAAUAAUAGCACCUAUUAAAAAACAUACUAAAAUAGCAUCCAGCCCACAAAAUUUACAAAACUAGCACCUUUUUUAGCAAACCGACCCUUGGAGAUGCGUUUUGCGCCACGUCAGACUAGGAACCGCACUAGGAAGGUGCGGUCUGUGUUUUCAGCGGAAAGAUCUUCAAGACCGUUGGAUGAGGUGGAGAUCCAACGACAGACCGCACACUACCUCAGUGAUCCGCGCCAUGGAUCGCAGACCGCUGCUGCAGGGUGCGGUCAGUGCCUCGGGAAAAGCGAACCGCAUUGGAAGGGAGUGGUUUCAAGGAGGCCAAAAUUACCAGACCGCUCCUGAAGGGUGCUGUCUAAAGAGUAUAAAUACCCCCUCCCCCCUCUCAUUUCUUCACACCACAACCCAUUCUUCACUCUCUCUCUCUAACCCCUCCCCUCCCAAAAGCCUAGGAAAUAGUGGUCUGUUGGUUGCGGCUAAGUCCAAUCUGCCAUCAGAAAACAUUUCUUUGGUUUUUCUCUCAAAACCCGCUGAAUUUCUGUCCGACUUGUCGCGAAAAAAUGGACGAGUGGUUCCAAGGAGAGGGAGUUUAUUAUGAUGAAUUUCAAGCGGUACGUACUCAUUAUUCUAGUCAAUUUUUUUUUUUUGUUAUAAGCUUUUUAAUUAAUCUAUGUAGUAACCUUGUUGUUAUUCUCUCGUAGGUUGGGGACGACGUGGAUAUAUACAACCAACGCUAUUAUUUGGAUCAAGGACCUAUUGAUCCAACUGACUUGUACGACCAACCCAACCAUCGUUCAAGGAAUGUUUGGAACGAUCACCAGGUACAUACAAUUCUGCAUCAUUUGUCUUUCUUUUAUUUUGCUAAUGUACUUAGUGGAAUAUAAAAAAAAUUGAAAUAAUUUAAUCGUAUUGGUUGUUUUCAAUAAUUUAAUCGAAUACAUAGAGCCACUUACUUCGACUCUUUAUAAAGAGAUGCACGUCUAAGGAAAUGGGGUUUUAAGCGAUUAUCAUGAUCCUCCCAUUUCCUAGGAAAAUCAGGUAUUAAGAGAUCCUCGAAUCCCCCCCCCCCCCCUUCCUUCUGUCAAAAAGGCUGCGUUUCUAAGAAGAUGUAUACAUCUUCUAAGAGUCUAACGAGUGUUGCAUUGUAUUCGAUUAAAUUAUUUAAAACAACCAAUACGAUUAAAUUAGUUACCAAACAACCAAUACGAUUUAUGUUAUGUGUACUUAAAUGAAUUUUAUUAAUUUCAAAUGUUUGAAUAUGUAUGUAUCUCUUUAAAUUAUUAUUCAUUUAUAAUGUUAUUUAUGUCAAUUAAUUUAGUAUGUUUGUUUUAUGAUAAUAUGUAUAUAUCUUGGAAAAAACCAUUAAUUACUUAAAUUUGAUUGUUAAUAAUAUAAUUAUAAUAGAAUUAUGGUCGAAAUUAAAUCAUUAAUUUUAGUUAUUUUAGUUAUAAGACUAAACUGUUACUAAUAUAUCAUAAAUAACGUUGAAAUUUUUGCUAGGAGGCACAACAAAUACUCCGCUACAGGGGUACGACCAAUGUGCUCCCAUGGAACCCAGUUAUCUUGCCAUUUCUCAAAAGGGCACGGUUGGAGUCGAUUAGGCAUUUUGUAGGCAUAAAAGCCGAUCGCCAACUCAUCACCGCAUCGGUCUGGUAGCGACCUUUAUUUUCUGAAAAAUUGCCACCGACAUAAGUGACCCCCUUUCCGCUCUCUUCCGUGUAACCAUUCCAUCGUAACCCAAGCGUGAACUUUUGGAAUGCCAUCUGCAAAAAAAAAAAGUAGUUCAACUAAUAUCAUAAUAAUCACAAAUCACAAAUCACAAUAAAAAGUAAUACCAAAUAAACUUACGAGUUAACGUUAACCGCAAAAACACUAGAGAAGUAGGGAGCUACAACAGAAUAUUGAAAAGGGAGAAGGAGAGGUGUGAAGAGAAGAGGUUUCCCGGGCUGUCUUUUAUAGGCAAAAUCAUUUAUGAAAACCGCACCUUAGAGGUACGGUUUUCAUCUGCCAUGCAGCCCCACGUCCAUCAAUCUGCAUGGCUAUGUGUUUGGUGUCGAAAAAUAAUUGACACACAAACCGCAUUGGGGGGUGCAGUUUGUGUUGCCAAAACCGCACUUUGAGGGUGCGGUUUGUUUUGGAGAAGCAAAACCGCAUCCCAAAGUGCGGUUUUGCUAGGUCAGCACAAGACCACACCUAGGCCAUGCAGUUUGGUUAGGUCAGACACAAACCGCAUUGCCAAGAUGCGGUUUUGGCCCAGAAUGCUAAACCGCACCCCCAAGGUGCGGUUUACAUACAAAACGCACCAGGGGGUGCGGUUUUUAAAAAAGAGUGUUAUUUUUG